AUGAAAACCGCCACAAAUAUCUACAUCUUCAACCUGGCCUUAGCUGAUGCACUAGCCACCAGUACACUGCCCUUCCAGAGUGUCAACUUCCUGAUGGGGACCUGGCCGUUUGGAGACGUUCUGUGCAAGAUAGUGAUAUCCAUCGACUACUACAACAUGUUCACCAGUAUCUUCACCUUGACCACCAUGAGUAUUGACCGUUACAUUGCAGUGUGCCACCCCGUCAAGGCCUUAGACUUCCGCACGCCCCGUAACGCCAAGAUUGUCAACGUGUGCAACUGGAUCCUGUCCUCUGCCAUCGGUCUGCCUGUCAUGUUCACUGCCUUAACUACUGUAACCGAUAAUGGCAAGUACGACAGUACGUUUCACCAUGCUGUUUUUCUUUGAUCCUCAAUUAUAGGCAGCCUAUCUGUAAUGUCAGUGAGUACGCCACAGUAGCGAGAGAGUAACAAUUAUGUUUGACAGUUCAUUUUAUUUCUGUGAAGCGAAUGGAAUUUGCCAAAUGAAGCACUUUGCUGUUCUACGCAUGGUCUGGGUCUGAGUCAUAGAGAGAAAUAGUGACAUGUUAGCUAUGAAGCAUUUUUUAUUAUCAUAUAAUAAGAACACUUUCAGAUCAUUUAUUUAGGUUAACAUAUGACAUAUAAACUUUUACGUAAUGGUGGAUUUAACACAGCAAAUCAGAGGCUAUAUUAAAUAAAGUUUUGCAAGCGUUCAUCCCUAAUUGGCCUUAAUGUAGGCUUCCAACUCUAUUCAUCAAUAUAAUGCUUUAAAGCUGCAAUAUGUGUCAAGGGGUGCUGAAGGUGGGUGUGGUGUAUGAAUCAAGCGCAGGACGCAGGAGCUCAGACCAAAAGACUUUAGUGCAAUAUUCACGUAGAAAAUAAGCACAAUAAGCCCGAAGGCGAAAUAACGGCGCACACAGGCGUCAAACAAACGGCGCACUAACAUGUGCGAAAAACCUCUCCAAAACACUGGAGGGAAGUACGUAGCUCCAACACGAAACAGAAGAGCAAUCACACACAAAGACAAACACACACAACGAGAACUAAAUAGGACACUAACGAGGACUAACAAGACACAGGUGUACAACAUCAAGACAAAACCAAACGAACAUGAAACAUAGAUCGGUGGCAGCUAGUACUCCGGGGACGACGACCGCCGAAGCCUGCCCGAACCAGGAGGAGGAGCAGCCUCGGCCGAAACCGUGACAAUAUGUCCCAACCAAAUUCACAUAGUGAAUGUGAGUUAUAGAUCUGUCAUUCUCAUUGAAAGGAAGUCUAAGAAGCGGUAGAUCUGUUCUAUGUGUGCUAUUUCUAUGCUUCCCGGUCUUAAGUUUAGUUUUUGCGUCUUUUACUUUUGAUUUAUACACCAGUUUCAAACAGCUGAAAAUACAAUAUUUUGGGUUAUGGGAAAGUAUAUUUCACAGCGGUUUAGAUGGUACAAUGAUUCUCUACACCAGGGGUACUCAGGUACUAUUUGAGUAGGUCCGUUCACAUACAUUUCCGAGGUGGCAAAGGUCCGGAUGGAUAAUGUAAUUUAUCGGCGUAGUAACAAACCCCCACCCAUGCAACCCAUGUGACCCCAAACUGUUCACACCACUCUUGUUGGCGGAGAGAAAAUGUUGCAGUUUUAAAGCAAAUUUCCCACAAUUCUACACAUUAUGCAUGGAAAGAGAUUUUUUUUUGCUGUUUUAAAGCUAAUUUCCUGCAAUUAUAUGCAUUCUUCCAUGUCUUAUGUGUGUUUAUAUGAUACCAGGGGUCAAAGCCCAAAACAUGUCCGUAUUGACCCCGUUCUGGGUCCAGAUCCGGUCCGCCAGUUGAGUAUGGAGGCUCUAUACUAUACCUGCUUGUUUUGUCACAUAAACUGAAAUUAGGCGAACUAUUAGAAUGUUAGCAACCAGGAAAUGGCUGAGCGAUUUCUACAUAGUGCAUCUUUAAAGAUGACUAAUAUGACCAUAGACUAGCAGCUUCCACCAUGUAGUCUUUAAAGAUGACUAAUAUGACCAUAGACUAGCAGCUUCCACCAUGUAGUCUUUAAAGAUGACUAAUAUGACCAUAGACUAGCAGCUUCCACCAUGUAGUCUUUAAAGAUGACUAAUAUGACCAUAGACUAGCAGCUUCCACCAUGUAGUCUUUAAAGAUGACUAAUAUGACCAUAGACUAGCAGCUUCCACCAUGUAGUCUGAAACUGAAUCAUUUCAGUAGUAAUAGUGGGAUAGAAACUUGUCAGCAAAAUUAGAGAUGCAUGACUCCUGAAUUAGGUUUUCAAAAUGCCUGUAAAAACCGUCUUAGCUCUUGUUAUUGGUUAGAGGAGAAUAGGUUUGCAGUCUCAUGAAGGAACUCUAUCUGAUGUCAGCUUGGGGAAUACAAGCAGUCAGCACAAGCUUGUUUAACAAAUGAGAACAUAGCUGACUUUUAUGGCUAACAUUAUGAGCAAUGCUUCGGGGCCUAUGUAGCUUUAUCUACCUGUGAAAAAGACUGCUGUGAAGCUAUUGGUUUUCUCAUGUGCUACGGUCCUUCAACUGUGUCUUGUACUCAAUCUCCACAUGUUCAGGAAUCAUCGACUGCACUUUGAUCUUCCCCCACCCAUCCUGGUACUGGGAGAAUCUUCUGAAGAUCUGUGUCUUCAUCUUUGCCUUCAUCAUCCCCGUCCUCAUCAUCACCGUGUGCUACGGGCUAAUGAUCUUGCGCCUGAAGAGCGUGCGCAUGUUGUCCGGCUCCAAGGAGAGGGACCGCAACCUGCGCCGCAUCACCCGCAUGGUCCUGGUGGUGGUGGCCAUCUUCAUCAUCUGCUGGACGCCCAUCCACAUCUAUGUCAUCAUCAAAGCCCUGAUCAACAUCCCCAACUCCCUGCUGCAAUCUGUCACCUGGCACUUCUGCAUCGCGCUGGGCUACACCAACAGCUGCCUGAACCCCGUCCUCUAUGCCUUCCUGGACGAGAACUUCAAGCGCUGCUUCCGCGAGUUCUGCAUCCCCCUGAGUCCCUCGGCGCUGGAGCUGCAGAAUUCUUCUCGUACCCGCCACCACCAGCAGCACCAGCGCCAGCAGCACUCCAGUGCCAAUAUGGUGGAGAGGUCCAAUCAACAGGUAUGA